AUGGAUCGUAUUGUAUUGAUAUCGCAUGCCCAGGCACGAAUUCGAGCACACAGCUUGAAGGCAAGUCGAUUCCAAGAGCGCAGAUGCCCAGCUUGUGCCGCAGUAGAGUACCGAUAUGUGAUUCUGCCAGUUCGCGUACCCGUUGACGGGCAGAUCCCAACUACUAAGGGCAAAGUCACACCCUCAGGUGUUGCCGAUCUGCUUGUAGUCAAACAGACCCUCAAGAGCUAUCAGGGAGCCGACAUUGCUCACGUUGAGAAUGUGCUCAAAGGGGAGAGCAAGCAGAGAACGCACAAGACGACGAGGAGGACAGAGGGUACGAUCAGCACCGAGACUGAGACAAACAAGAACGAGGAGCACGAAUUGUCGACCACUAGUCGGUUCGAAAUGAGCAAGGAAGCGUCCAACACCAUCAAAGAUGAUCAGAGUUUGAAGGGUUCGCUCAAGGCCUCGGCAAAGUACGGUCCGGCCGUGACCGUCGAUGCAAGCGUCGAGGGCAGUGUGAGCCGGAGCGGUGAGGAAGUCAAUAAGGCUGCGAGCAAGUACAGCCAGGAUGUGCUGGAUCGGACGGUGAAGAAGAUUUCUGAGCAAGUAAUGCAGAAGGAGUUAACGACUACAUUUAACGAGACCGUCGAAGACAAUCAACAUGGGAUUAACAACAGCAAUGGUGCCGAUCAUAUUUCGGGAGUAUACCAAUGGCUGAACAAAGUGUACGAGGCGCACAUCUUCAACUAUGGAUUGAGAAUGAUUUUCGACUUCAUGAUUCCCGAGCCAGCUGCCUUUCUCACCUACGCAAUCGCCGAGGGAGCCAACAACGCCGAGCCAGGCCUGCUACUAGAAAAGCCGAUGCCUUUCACACUCAAACCCGCAGACAUCAGCGCCUCCAACAUUGGCAACCUCACUCUGAAGUAUCAAGCAACCGACGUACUUCCACCCCCGGAGGACUUCGUUACCAUCAGCGAUCAAGCCAAGGUCGGCGGCGGCGAGUCCAACGUCUACUAUGAGCAUGGCGCCAUUCUUUCCAUCCCUUCCGGCUAUGAAGCCGUCUGGGGUACCGUCUCAGCCCUAAGGAAUGCGUGGGCGAAGAAGUGCGUCAUUGACGCACAAGUUGGCAGCGAGACUCACCGGUUCGGCUACGACGGUGUGUGGUCAUGGGGAACGAGCCUCGUCAACUGGUACAAUGGCACCGCCGUCACUAGUGGGGGUUCCGUUCCUUGGGCGUUCACUACUUGGGGUAUACCUAACGCCGUCGUCUCGGUCGAGGUCCUGUGCCGUGUCACUUACAGGCGGACGCAGCAGUGGCAGGCUGAGACACAUGCGAAGUUGAUGUCGGCUUAUAAAGCGCGCAUGCAGGAGUAUGAUGAGAAGCUUGCCCGCCAGAAGCUCCAGGAGGGUAUAACCAUUCAGGGGACUAAUCCUACGGCGAAUUUGAACACGAUCAAGUCAGAGUUAAAGAAGCAAAGCAUUUCGAUCCUGACAGCGCAGCAUUAUGAUCUUUUCAACUCCAUCACACGCAAGAAUUCCUGUGGCUGGCCAGAGAUCAACCUGAAUGAGGCCGAGGCUGAGGGAUUUUACGUUCGCUUCUUUGAGCAGGCGUUUGAGUGGGAUCAGAUCAUGUACAUCGCGUAUCCCUACUUCUGGGGCGAGAAGUCUGGCUGGACCUCAAAUCUAACCAUCAAUGACCCUGAUCCGGUAUUCGACGAGUUCUUGAAGAGCGGCUUUUCCCGAGUCGUUGUCCCAGCGAGGCCCGGAUUCGAAGCCGCCAUCGAUCACUUCAUGCGCUUUGGUGUUCCAUGGAAUGGUGGUCCAUUGCCGCUCAUCACGAGCGGUGCUUACGUCCCAAUUGCGGACGAGCUUGCUGAGCGCCUCGGCAAGCAGGAGCAAGAAAUUACGCAGGGUGAUCCAUGGGAUGUGACGCUGCCGACAACCUUGAUAAAGUUGAGGAGCGAUAAUAGUUUGCCGACUUGGAAAAGGGAGGCGAAUGUUUGGGUACCAGGAUAA